AUGGAUUACCCACAGCUGUAAUCUGAUUACUACAACGCUUGCCCAAGGACGUGCGUUUCAACUGCUCAUUUUUCGGUUUUAUUCUAUUAAUAAACCCUACAUACAGCAGAUAUUUCACAGGGAGGCACAAAUUAAACGUAUUAGUUGAACUCGUGUAGUAUUUAUCAUGUAUUUUUGGAUAUGAUUUAGCAAGGACCCUCAGACGCUACACGGAGCUCAACGCCGGCAACAAUAACAGAAGGGCGUUUCAAAACGGGGGGAUUGUGCGGGGGGCGUUAGAAGCUAAAUAAAUUAAAAACGCGUGGUGUUGCAAAGAAAGAAGGCAUUAUUAAGAGAAAAUUCCCAGUUGUCUGCGCUUAGUCUGAGGGCUAAUGGAAAUGGAGGUCAAUGGAAACCAAGGCAACGCGUUUUCCUCUUGGAAGUUUGCUUCCCUGUUCGUCUUUAAGGAGGAAAAGGGCAAGAACGUGACGGUGCAGUGCAGACUAUGCAAGCCGGUAGAGAAAUUACUCUCAACAUCUAAGAACUCAACAUCAAAUCUAAAAAAACAUCUAGAGAGAAUGCAUCCAGAUACCUGUGCCAGCUAUGUGCCGAAGACUCCCUGUCACAAGAGGUAUUUGGAGGAUUUGGGUCAAGUCAGCCAGUUGCCUGACAGCAAGUCUGAGUUGCCCAUCAGAGAGCUCAGAGACGGCACCAGUGAGGAGAGACCAGCAAAGCUAGCCAAGCUUUCCAGCUCAUUCAAGACUGUGACUCAGAAGAAAGUGAAUGCCCUGGUUUUCAACUUCAUUGUUGCAGAUGUGCAGGCCUUCUCAGUCUUGGAACAGCCCUCCUUCGUUAAACUUAUUGAAGGACUCCAGCCUGGGAGAUCCCUCAUGAGCCAGAAAGCUCUAGUGGAAAAGAUCGGGUGGGCUUUCCAGUCUAUGAAAGAGACGAUAGCUGCAGAGCUGAUGGGAGUCCAUUCAGUGUGCAGUACGGCCGACGUCUGGACAGCUAAUGGGCGCAGCUAUUUUGGAGUGACCUGCCACUGGAUAGAUGACAGCACCCUGGAGAGAAAAUCAGUAGCUCUGGCGUGUUCCCCCCUGCAGGGAAGGCCCACCUGUGACGUCCUUGUGGCAAAGCUCAACGAAAUUCACUCGCAUUUCAACAUCCAGGUUAAACUGCAGUGCACGGUGACCGACAACGGGAGCAGUUUGGUCAAGGCAUUCCAGCAGUUUGCCUACAAAGAGGAAGUGCCCGAGCACCGCCAUGAGACAGUCUUCGAAGAUGUGAAUGAAAUCCUGGAGAGUGACAUAAAGGAGCUCCAGUUCCUGCUCCCACCACACCAGCGCUGUGCUGCUAAUACCCUCGGGCUCAUUGCUUCCAGUGAUGUUCACCAAGCCUUGUCACAGGGUGCGACACGUGGCCUUUACAGAAGUGCCAUGGCAAAGUGCUUAGCCAUAUGGCAGAAAGCCCAUAACUCAAGCUUAGCCGCUGAUUUUAUAGAAGAGAUCGCCAGCAUGAAGGUGGUAGUUCCCAGUGCCAUGAGGUGGAUUCACGAAUAUCGUGCUAUCCAGAAGAUCUUAUCGUUAACGGAUGAACAGCUGCAGGAAGCUUGCAAUCUCCUUGUUGUGGAAAGCUUCCAGGCCGAAGAAAUGUUAUUCCUCCAGGAAUAUGUGGAAGUGCUAAAGCCUCUCGCCUACUCUCUGGACUUCAUUCAGGGAGAGAAAAAAUGCUUCCUGGGCUAUCUUUUGCCCACAGUCCUGACCCUGAAGACCAAACUAUCGGAAAUAAAGCCCUACGUACGCUUCUUAGCGCACCUCAUUGACACCCUCAUCAAAGCCAUUGACUGCAAGUUUGAGAAGCUCUUGGGCAGCCGGGAAGCCAAAAUAGCCACUCUCACAAUUCCCAAAUUUCGGAUGUGGUGGCUUCCUCCUGCCGAGAGGGAAGAGGCCGAAAAGAUGCUGGCCGAAGUGGCAGCCGUGGAGGAGGAGCUGCACGGCAACAGCGACCCCAAGGCUGCCUGCGAUUCGGACUCGGAGUCGGAGGACAACUUCUUCAACUUCGCCACCACACACGGUGAGGUCAACAACAGCAUAGAGAGCGAGGUGAGAAACUACCUACUAGACACGAGCAAGUGCACCAGCUGCCUGAAAAAGUACCCCGCUGUGAGGCAUCUUUUCAUCAAAUACAACACCACGCUGUUGUCCUGCGUGCCUGUGGAACGCCUCUACAGCCACGGCGGGCAGAUUCUCACACAGCGGCACAAAGGCACGAGUGACGACCACUUUGAGCAGGUCCUGCUGCUGCGCUACAACUGGGACUCCUGUCCGUUCCUUUCAGCUGAUGAGAGGCUGAGUAACUGAUCCCUGCCAGGUGCCUGCAGUCCGAGCCACAUUGAAGUGGGUAAAAGAAAAAGAAGCAAGUGAUCUGGUGCCAUAUUUUUAAUUAAUGUAGGAUGCGUAGAGUAACCAUGGGGAAAAAUACAGUAGUCAGUGCUGUGCAAACAACUGUAUGUUUGAGGUCUUUAAGAAGAGAUGAAGUUCUGACUUCUUUUGAAUUAGUAGUGAAACACAAACCAGAAGAUAGAGUGGCUGCUACAGGGAGGUGUAUUUAUAAUUGAGCGCAAGAGACACUUCUUUACACAAAGGGUUGUAGGAGUCUGGAGCAAGCUGUCCAGCCGUGUUGUUGAAGCUGAUACCCUAGACACUUCCAACCAGAUGUGGUCUUUGGAUCUCUUGGUUAGUAACAACCAAACAGACUACAUGAUCCUCCUGUUUCCAGUGUUUAAAAUAAAUGAAGUAAUUAAUCAGUCUAAAAAGUAAUGAUUGUUGUUGUUUUUAGAUUAAUUUAUCCAUCAUUUGAAAGGAUGUCAUUUUUUAUAAAUGGAAUUUAUGUAAUAGUAGCACAAGGCCCCAGUAACACUUCUGUCUCUGACCAAUGUGCAGAUUUCCUGACACUUUUGUUGGAAACGAAACCCAGUACCCAUCUCUUAGAAGAAAAACAACACUCAGCUCUUAAAACAGGGUAAAGGUGAGUUACUAGAAGAGAAGUGAUCACCACAAUGACCUAACCCCACCCUCCCCCCUUAUUUGCACAACCCUUGUUCCAGAUUGUGGCCUACAAGAAAAUUCUCCCAAUACUUCUGUGCCCCUUCAGAAAAUCUAAGUGAGAUUUUUUUUCUGCAAACAGCUGUAUAAUUGUACUUCACACAGCGUAUAGCAGCAUUUUUUCUUAAAGGAAUCUCACUUCAUAUAAUCAGGGUAACUAAAGAAUUGUCAAAAUGUUUUGAAAUUAAAUUUUAUUGAAACAACAGCAGACUUUCUGGAACGUCUUUUAAGAAAGAAAUGACCUUCAUUUGAUUCUGAGGGCUUGAAGUUACAAAGGAUGUAUUAUACAGCGGUAUCUGAAUUUCAGAUGCUAACAUAGACAGAAUGUGAUACACAAUGGAUCAAAUCCAGUGAAA